CCAAACACAACAACGAACCUAAAGAUUCUCUUUGUCCGAACUCCAAAGCUCCGUUCUCUUUCUGUUCUCCUUCGACUUCUCUCUCUCAGGUUUCUAUUGACAGAUCUCAAGAAUAUUUUGGCAAAGUGGUUUUAGAGUAUAUUGAUUGAGAGAGGAACAACAAAUAAAAAUGGACUACCGGGAAAGUUAUAGAUUGACAUUUUAUGGUAUUUUGGUUGCGUUUAUGGAAUUAGCAUUUGCUUAUUGUCUUCUAUGUGUAUCGGCUUUUGUAUUUAUCACAUCCAAGUUGCUACUGUAUUUGCCUUGUCCUUGUUCUGGAGUUCUUGGGUACCAAAACAGUGAUCUCUGCAUCCAGAAACUUCUCUUUGAUUGGCCAUUCAGAAUCAUACUUAAAGUGCAGAAGCUAGCUACCACUAGGCCAAGACUUUUGCAUCAUCAAGAACAAGAACAAGAAGAUAAGAGUUUGGUUGUUGAUAAAGAUAAGAACUUGGAACUUAUGGAUAAAGUGAAGUUGUUGGAAGCAGCUGUUGAGGAAGAGAGAGUAGCUAAAGCUGCUUUAAUGGUGGAAUUAGAGAAAGAAAGAGCUGCUUCAGCAUCAGCAGCUGAUGAAGCUAUGGCUAUGAUUCUGAGGCUACAAGCAGAUAAAGCUUCGCUUGAGAUGGAAGGGAAGCAAUAUGAGAGAAUGAUUGAUGAGAAGUUUGCUUAUGAUGAGGAAGAGAUGAAUAUACUCAAGGAGAUUCUUUUCAAAAGGGAGAGAGAGAAGCAUUUUCUAGAGAAAGAACUUGAGACUUACAAGCACAUUGAUGAUGAUGAUGAUCAAGAAACGGAAAAUGAUAGUUUCGAAGAGAAGAAAGCAGCAAGCGAUGUGGUUGAGGAUAGAGAACCGAUAAUGUAUGAUGUUCAUGUAAUUGAGGAUAACAGUAAUGCUAAGGUGAGAGAUGAUGAUGUUGCAGAACACAAAGAGAUGAAGCAAAUGGAAGAUAUAAUGAACCAACUUCGAGAGAUAGUCAAGGAUCAUGACUCAGGUAAUUCACCUACUUCAUCAUCUCCCAUAAGUUUCUAAUUCUGGUUGGUGGAUUUGUCUUGAUCAAUGUAUGUUUGUGUAGAUUUAGUGUAAUUCGUGAAUAUCAAUCAAUGUAGAAUGUUUCAACUUUUACGUGGUAUAAUUUGUGAAUAUCAUCAAUACGAAUCCAUAUGAAAUAACAUUAUUUUGA